AUGGAAGCCGAUCACAAAGCUUUCGCGAUCAAAGACUUGGUCGAUGAUCUGCUCACUGAAGCUGAUGGAUUUGAAUCCUACAUGUUCAAGGUUAUUUUCUAAUCUUUUUUCCAUAAUCUUGAGAGAACGAAAUAGUAAGAAUUUUCUCUUGGACGUCAUUUCAGUGUAAAUUGUAUUAUAUAUUUAUUUUUUUGAAGGUCGGUUCCUACAACGCGGCGGUGGGAGCCCCGUUCCAACUGCCCUAUGAGAAUGAUACGAUGGCGUUGCUCAUUUUAAGCACCCCUGACAUGUUCGACGUCUCCUUCCGCAAGUGGAUCGUCGGCAAGUCUCAGAAGGUUCCUCUUUUAUCGAUUUUUCAAGGAAAGAAAAAUGUAUUUUUAGCCAUAUUGAAGUACAGCAAUCUUUUGAUAAUACCAGAUAAUUUGAAAUUAUUGAGUAUGUCGAACUUUUGAACUUGAAAUUUGAGAGUUUGUUUUUUGGAAAAUUAUAUCUUUAAAUUUUGAUUCCUUCCAAAAAAGGUUGUCUUGAUACCCUGUGGAGAUGAAUAUAAAAUUUUAAGUUUGACACAUUCGAAGAAAUGGAAGACAGCAUCUCCUCACCCAUCCAAUCAUUUCUCGACGAUCGACUUUACUCCGUUCAAGAGGUUGGAAUUUGUGAAAUUCAGGAAAAAAAUUCAAAAAUUCAGGAUUUGUGAAAUUCAGGAAUUCAGGAAUUCAGAAAAUUCAGGAAAAGAAAUUGAAAAAAUACAGGAAGAAAUUUGCGAGAAUCACGGUUAACCCUUUGGAAAUAAAGAUUUUACGUUUCAUGACCUUUUUUCAACUUUUUUUUUUAGGAAUUCUCAAAAAGUUCUAACCAUACAUGGACAGACCAUUUUUUUAAAGGCCGCCGACCCUUCCUCCCAAGUAAAAAUUAAAUUUAUGACUCCAUUCGUGAUGCUAAAACUUGUAUUAUUGGGGCCAAAACUACGUCCCUGGAAUCGAAAAUUCAUCUUACCCUGAUUUUUCAUUUUUUGUAAGUCAACCCCUCCUCCCGGACUGAAUGAGUUUCGAACUUGCCCAUCUAUGGUUCUAACUAACUUGUUUCCAAGUUGAAGUUUGUGGUCGUGGAAUGGAGUGGUUAUAAAGAUGAACUUUUGGUUCAGAAGCUCAAAGAGAUUGAUGCGAACCACGAACUCAUCCACGACUACUCGAUGACGCCCCAACGUCGCCCCCGUAUUCUGAUGCAAACUUGUGGUCAUGUUGCCGGUUCGUCUGAUUUUUCAGCUUUUGGGCCUCGUCGCGGCUUGCGAAUCAGUCAUAUUUUAGCCGAUUUUUGAACUUUUCUGUCUCAAAAUGUCUUUCAAAGACUUCGAAGCGUUGAUCAAGUGAUCAGACAUUCUUAUCCCCAAAAAAUUAUGAUCAUUUAACCUUGGGAUAAAAAGUAAAGUCUCGAAAUUUGGGACUAAUAUGGGCUCGGGGCCGGCUCCGCGCAGCCCUGAAACCCUUAAAAUAUUCCUAGACGCCCUGGUCGCACUUAGAAUGGCUGAAAGUUGCGGCCAUGUUAAACUACUCUAAUGCCCCUCGUGCAAGUCGUUUCGGGUCGGACGCGCUUUGAGGCAACCCGUGUCGCGACCGCUACGCGUCUAGCCAUUCUAUGCGCGACCCUGAAGCUUUCCAAGCUUCUAGAUUUCCAAGCUCUACCGAAAUAUGUCUUUGAUUCGCUGAUCGCGCCUUUUUUUCCACAGUUUCACGACGAUAUUCAUUAGAGUAAACUUCCAAAGUUCUCAAAAAUAAAUCUUCAAGGCGCCGCCUUCUACUAUCAGCCCGCACAUGUCAACGACGAAGAAUGGCCACCCCGGGGGAAAAUGGGACCAAAUUUGGUACGUUCCCAAAAUCUCAGAAUUGUUUUGAGUUUUCCCAUUCAGAAAUUCAUUGGUUUGAGCCUUCACCCCGUCUUCGGCGGACAUUUUGCAUUCCGGUCUGUUUUCAUUUUCCCAAAUGUCAAGAUCCCCCAGUUUGAGGUUUGAGUGACCUUUUGGAAGGUUUAAUGAAGGGUUUUUUCUAGGAAUCUGUACCUCGAUCCUUGCUUUCUAGCCUGAAUGAAGUUAGGACCGCCCUGGAGAAGUUCAACUACAGUUGGAAGGACUCCGGCUUUCGGUAGAGCUUCUAAACCAUUUUUUGUGAAGUUUAAAAGUUUUCAGUGAUUUUGGCGGCCCAAAAAGACGUUAUUCCCCGACGCAGAUGGAAUUUUUCGGUCGGCCAGUUUCUGAACGAUGGGAGGUUGGUUAUUUCCUGGGAAUAUACCGUAGUGGCCACUUAAGAGGUUCCGCAAGGAAUCCGUGGAGAGGACACUAAAGUGGCAACUUCUGUAGAAGCCGCUGUUUUGCGUCUUAGUGGCCGCUAUAGUAUUUUCAAUAGCCUAGUAGUACCACUUAGACUUCUGAAGAUGUCAUUAAAUUUUAUCCAUUUAAAUGGCCACUAAAUCGACUACUAUAGUGGCCACUGGAACUUCAAAACUCUAAAUUGACCAAUAAAAGUUUCCCAUGAAUUGAAAAAAUAGAAGAGGGCUAUUUUUUUAUGGAGAAAAAGUUGAUAAUUUUUUUAAAAAAAGAAAAACGGAAAAGUUUAAAGUAAAAAUAAGGUUUGCUAUUUUUCUUUCUGAGAAAAACCGCAAAAAAAAAUUAGGAAAAAUAUUGCUGAGAAGCGGUUUUUUUCGGGCGGAAAUUUGCUCCACUGAUAAAUCUCAAAUCUUGAUGUUUAUUGUGGGAACAGAGGGGCUAGAUGGAAAAUUUUGCGUAUAAGUGGCUGAUUUUUGGAGUAAAUAAUGCUCCAUGGAUAAAUUUUGACUCUAAAGAUUUUUCGACGGUUUUUUUUUCUCUUUUCUGUAAAUAUACUCGAAAAUCUUUGAAUAAUGCCCCAGAGAUUCCAAUUUCUCUCGCAAGGUCCCAGAAGAAAACUGAAAUCGAGAGAAAAAAAAGGGCCAACUGAAUUGGAUUAGAAGUUCGCCGCAGAAAAUCGCGUUUCCUUUUUUUCCGUUUUAAAUUGAAGCUCUUGGAUUUCCAGGUACUCCGGAGGUGGAUUGAACAGCCGCAAGACGUUCUGAACUUUUUAAUUUUUUUUUUUAAUGAAUCAAAAUUUCCUUGUUCUUUCUCCUACUAACCUCAUGAAGACAUUUUUCACUAUUCUUCUGAAGUUUUGAAAAUUCAAUUUUUUUCUGGUCGCACGUGGAAUGGCUGAAUUUUUGAAUCAAGUCUAGAGAUUUUUAAUUUUUUUCAUAAUUCAUUCAUCGCUUUUUUUCAAAUUGAAAUUAUUUCGCUGGAAAAUUUCGUUUCACUUGUGGUCCAUGCGCCUUUAAUUUUUUUAAUAAUGUUCAGGGAUUUUUUUCAAUUUUUUUAAUGUUAAAAAAAUGAAAAACGUAGUCGAAAAAUAUAUGAGAAAAUUAAGUCAUCAAAAUUGUCUAAAUACGAGGCGAAUGAGGUUUUGAAGCGAAAAUCUGUUUCAAAUUUUUUCAAGACACUGGUGAAUGGACUUUGAAAUUGACUCUCUGAUUUGCUCUAUUUUUUCUCCAUUUUCUCGCUUCCCAGACUUUAAAGCAUGCAUAAACUGUAUGAAAAAACGUGUCUUUCCUUGUUUAUUGUCUUUUUUUGCCAUUGAGAUUGUCUCCCGAUGAAUUUUGUCUAGUUUUUUUUCGGGUUUUCUUUUAUUUUGAAGCCGUUUUUCUUUGUAAAUUGCACUUGCUCAUCAUUUCAUCGAACAGAAAUCUCAUUUUCCCUGUUUUUUGGCAUCUUUCUGAUUGCUCAAAUCAUAUCAUUUUCCGUGUGUGAUAAUUAUUCAGUUACGGAUUUCUUCCAUUCGGUUGUCAGAUAGUAGUUUUUGGGAUAGAUUUUAGGUGACCACUUUUUUUGUUAAAUAUAAAAAGUUUCCUCGUUAUUUUUUUGCUGUUUCUUUGUUUUUAUCGUGGCAAAAGACCCAGAAAUUUCACCUUUUAAAAAUUAACAUAUAUAAAAGUCGGUUUUAAGCCGAUUAUACAAGUAGCAAUAUCGAAAUUAUGCGCAACAUCGUCGUGUGUGUCACUAUUUUCACGGCGAUGAAUGCAGGAGGCCCGUCGCUCAGGUAUUAUUUUGGGUCUUCAGACGAUUUUAAAGGCGCAGCAGCUUCGAGCUUUAAUCUGAGAACCUUCAGUUCAAAUUGCGAGAAUUUUGAUAAAUUCGUUAGUAUUCAAAUAUUUUGAAGACGUGGGACAGGCGAUGAAUAAGAAUUAUGAUAAUUUCGCUAUGGAGCGCAUUUUCUCUACUUAAAAUGUUUUUUUCAAGGCUAUUUUUUUAGUUGUUGUAAUGGCGUUUUUUUAAGUUUAUUUUUUUGGGUUCGGAAUCCUACAAAAAAUUUUUUUCACAAAAUAAAAGUUUCAUUUUGACUCGAAAAUCUUGUUUCAAAAACGAAUUUUAUUGAAUAUAUGCUCAUAAAAUGUGUUUUUCCAAGAAAAAACCGUCAACCUGCUUUCUAACUCGUCCAAAAUAAUUCCAAUGCUUUUCCAACAGUUGAGAAAAAAACCUAUUUACAAACACGGCUGACGAAUUUUUCGCCGGUUUUCGUGUUUGUCCUCGGCCAACCCGGACGUUAUCUUUUUUCCCUGGCAAACGGCCAAAAUUUCGUUUCUAUAAAAAUAAGGUUUCAUUCUCUGCUCUUCCAGUCGGAAAACAUGUCGAAAAGGGUUCGAGGUACGAUUUUUUAAAUUUUGCUGUUGGGAAAAAAAAAUUCGAUGCUUGGUUAGUUGAUCAUAGAUUGGAACUUGUAAAUAGGAUGAGAAGUUGGGAAAACAAAGAAUUUCUGCGAAAAUUCGCUUUUUUUUUGAUUUUUCACUGUUAUCAUGAACUUAGUUUAGAAAAUUUAAAAGUUUUAAUUUUUUUUUCUGGAUUUUUUCAAACCUUUUCCUGGGCCUUUUCAAUUUUAUGUGAUCCUAAGAUAGCUUGAUUUUACAUUUUUUGCCAAUCUGUUAGGAAAUUUAAAGGAUCAGCCACAUUUUCGAGCAAUUGGUGUUGAAACGAUUCAAGGAAAAUCAUGGAAACGUUGUCGUUCAUGAAAAUUUUUAUCAUCGUAAAGCUGACCAUGAAAUAAGAAUUUGCUCCCAGAUUUGAAAGGCGCAGAGCACGUCUAAAAAACUUAAAGGCGCAGAGCAUUGUCAGAAAAAUUUCGUAUCCAUGAAGAUAACUUGAAGCUCCACCAUGCGCCUUUCAAUUUGCUUAUUCAUUUUUGGCGCUCGAAAAGACUUUCUUUAAUGUUGAUAAAAGCGACGGCGAGACUAAAAUAUCCGGAUAAACACACUUCACCUCGAGACCUUUUUUAAAAUCCGUUUAUGCUCCUUUAAACAGAUUUUCAAAAAAAGACAUUCUAGGACGCCGACGUCGUAUGGUAACAAGGCUGCUUGGUGUUUGCGUUGAGAGUCUUUGCCUCGGGAGAAGAUGUGAAGAAUCGGAAGACGAUGACGACGAGAGCGACGACUUCAAGGCUUCUUUCAAGGUACAGUCCAAUCACGAAAGAUUUCGAGCCGUAAAUGGGAUUGACUCGCCUCGGAACUAUAGCUGACUCACGGAUAACUUGGAACCAGAGAGGGCGUGGCCUGUCUGCGGCCUACACCAACCAAGCACUGUCUUUUUUUUUCCAAAAGCGUGCCAGGACCCUUUUUCAAUGGCUCAAUCUAGGCGUGGGUCAGCUUCACGACAUUUGUCUAGUAACCAGGCGAUCGAAUACUUAGUUCGCUAGAGUGCAUUUGCUGGACUUAAAAGCUUAUCAGAGUUAGAUUCGGCCGCUCAGGUGCAGUAGAAACCAGAAAAAACUAAGAUAAACCAGAAAAAUUGAACGGGAGAAACGGGAAUAGAACAUUUUUUUAAAAAAUGAAAUGAAGGAUCAUGUGGCCUACGGAGACCUGACUUAAAAUUUCUAUGAUUGGUUUUUUAUGGCUUUAGUGAUCACUUUAGAGUUGACUUGGAGUAAGUGGUGAUUUUUUUAAGUGUUACAGGAAAAAAUCAAAAAGUUUAGAACUUUUUUUACUUUUUGUGAAGCUUGAUCAUUUUUUUAAAAAAAUUUUUCCCUGCAAAAAAAGAGAAAAAGUUGAUGAAAUACUCUACUCAAUACUGGCUUCGAAAAAAAAAUAUGCGGGAAUGACAAUUUUCGUUAGAAAAAAUACCUAGAUUCUGAAGAUUAAAACAAUUUUUUUACUUCUCCUUUUUUUAUAAAUUUUGUUCAAUUUUGAUCGCCUUGGUUGAGAAAAACAACGAAAAAAGCUGUCUGGAAGUUAUCAGGUUCAUAUUUUUGUUUACAUUUGUUCGAAACCAGUGGGAAAAAACCGAAAUUAUAGGAAAAAAUGUUUUUGAUCAACAUCGAAAAGCGACACGGUUUUCCCUCAUUUUUCUCCUUCCACGUUCCCAAAAAAAUUUAUUCUUUCUUUUUCCUAUUUUGUCAUUUCCACAGUGGUUUCUACUAUUCGUUUUUUUCAUUUAUUUUUAUGAGAUUGUGAGCUCAAAAAAACAGAAAGAAGAAGGAAAAAGCUCAGAGGAUGUGUCCAAAAUGAUGGUUUGAAUGGCUACCCAUUUCCGCCCAUUUUUUCUCGCCCUUUUCGACUGAGUUUGUUGGAGUCUCUUAGCUCAAUUUCAAGCCGAAGUUUCAUUUUCUUUUUCACUUUUGGCAUGAAUCAUUUUUUAAAAAUAUUUUCCCUUAAGUAUCUACUUGGUUUCUCAGUACUUCAAUUUUUUCUUAUCAGCCCCUGGAGCAAAUUUUUUACCUUUUGGAGCUAUUUUUGCUGUUGAUUUUCUAUUUUAUGUCUCAAUUUUAAUUUAGAAGAUUGAUAUAACGGUUUUAGAAAAAAAUUUUAAUAGGAAAAAUCAACUUUGCGCUAAAAUUUAGUCAUUUUUUUGUAACUUUGACUUUGAGGCGUCUUAUCCCAAAAACCAGGAUUUUUCGCAAGUUGAAACUUUCAGAAUCUUCUUCUGGUACAUCAAGAAAUGUUCGGACAAAUUUCUAGAAAAAUCGAAAUUUUUCGAUAAGGUGAGGCAGGCUUGUGCGAGAGCCGGCCCGUCAACCUCUCGGCCCCUCGGCCACUUCCCAAGCCCGGCCCGGCCCGGCCCUAAGGAGGCCUCAGGCAAAAAUGGCCGGCCCGGUCUAA